CACAGCACAGCGGAGCCAUGAGCCAGCCCAGCUCUCCGUCCUCAAGAUGUGCAUUUAAACUUCUGGAGAGAGCAGCGCCAGCCAGAUCAUGAAGAGGCAAAACGUGCGGACCCUCGCCCUCAUCAUCUGCACUUUCACUUACCUACUGGUUGGGGCGGCCGUCUUCGACGUGCUGGAAUCUAAAAAGGAGACGACUCAGAAGAAGAAACUGGACGACAAAAAGCAAGAGCUUAUGAGUAAAUACAACCUAACUAACGUCAACUUUGACGAGCUGGAAGGGGUGGUGUUGCAGCUGAAGCCGCACAAAGCCGGCGUGCAGUGGAAAUUCGCCGGCUCGUUCUAUUUUGCAAUCACUGUGAUCACCACAAUAGGAUAUGGGCACGCUGCCCCAAGCACAGACGGUGGGAAGGUCUUCUGCAUGUUCUAUGCGCUCCUGGGAAUCCCACUCACCUUGGUCAUGUUCCAGAGUCUGGGUGAGCGCAUCAACACCUUUGUCAAGUACCUGCUCCACCGCCUCAAGAAGUGCCUUCGUCUGCGGCGGACGGAGGUGUCCAUGGCCAACAUGGUGACCAUCGGCUUCAUCUCGUGCAUCAGCACACUGUGUGUGGGUGCUGCCGCCUUCUCCCGCUAUGAGGACUGGAGCUUCUUCCACGCCUACUACUACUGCUUCAUCACGCUCACCACCAUUGGCUUUGGCGACUACGUGGCAUUGCAGAAAGACCAUGCCCUGCAGACCAACCCCAAAUAUGUUGCCUUCAGCUUCAUCUACAUCCUGACAGGCCUCACGGUCAUCGGGGCCUUCCUCAACCUGGUGGUGCUGCGCUUCAUGACCAUGAAUGCAGAGGAUGAGAAGCGGGACGCCGAGCACCGGGCGCUACUGUCGCGUUCUGGCCGGGCCGGCCUCCCGUGCUGUGUGCCGGACCCGCCGUCAUCCUCAUCGGGCCGUGGCCUCCGCAAUGUCUAUGCCGAGGUCAUGCACUUCCAGUCUAUGUGCUCCUGCCUGUGGUACAAGAGCAGGGAGAAGCUGCAGUACUCCAUUCCCAUGAUGAUUUCCCGGGACCUAUCCACCUCCGAUGCCUACAUGGGCCAGGGUGAGGCCUUCACCGACCCCCACGCCAACGGCUGUGUCUGCAGCCUACAGCGGCGCUCUGCCAUCAGCUCCGUGUCCACUGGCCUGCACAGUCUCUCCACUUACAGGGCACUUAUGAAACGACGCAGCUCCAUCUAGCUGCCGGAGGACUCACCGCAUUUUAUCUAGCAAACAGAACCGACGCUCGGAUUAGAUACAGGCAGAACGUUCCUCUUUGGUGUAGCUGUCUUUCACCUGUUUUGGGACAUAUAGGAAUGGAUAUGUGAGGGGGAAGUUCUUUAGUAACAGUAAGACAUACUACACUUAGUGAUUCAUACUUUUACGAUUUGAAAUAUGCAGGACAGAGAUAUUUAUCAGAUGAUCCCAUCAUUAAUUAAUGUCCUAAUGCUUUGUUUUUAUAAAAUGAAGUUGUGUCUUCGUUUCCCUUGAAGACUAAGGGGACACUUUCGAGUGCAGGAAUAUUUAAGAAAUGUGUAUAUAUUUGUAAUUUUCACAAUUAACAGAGAUUAUAACUCUAUCAGGGGAUAUGCUUAUUUUUGCUGCCAAAGGAUUUAAGUCUCAGUCUCACGUAAUGUCCAGUCCAUGACAGACCAGUCCCCCCCACUGUGUUUCUCAAAAAUGCUUUUCCCGUCCACAUAGCUGCUUUAACCUUGCUUUAAUGUCCUGCGGCACAUGGUACACCUGGUGUAUAGUGAGUAAUUGAGGGUUAAUGGCACUUUAGGAAACCUCCUUAGAUAUCCGCACGCUGGUACUCGUGGCAGAACCAGCCGAACGAACACUAUAGCACCUAAGUUUGAAACUUAACGGGAAUUUCAUAUCCUUUGAAAUGUGAAGACAUGUCGAUCGCUGGUGGAGUGGGACAGAAAAUGGAGGCGGGGGACCAAGAAGAUGGUGCUUGAGGACAGUGUGGGUCUGGACGAGUGAUCAAGGGUCCAAAAGCAUGGUACGGGAAUCAGGCGCCAUUCACUCGACGUGGUCUGUGCGUCUGCUGACAGUGCGACAAACUGGACUAGGGAUGUGAAAGUCAACAUCACUGUGCACACACACAACAAAAUGAGGUGACCAGUGUGUGACCAAGCAUCAGACUGUGGUCUCCCUCUGGUUCGUGGCUCCCAGAAUGCCGAGAUUCUAUCUGAAGCAAAAAGGCUGCCAGUCAUGAUUUCAGCAAUAUUUGGUGGAUGGAACUUGCCUUGUUGUGUGUCCUCUGUCCUCUGAUUAAAAGAAUACACCCAGAUCACUCGAGGAGGAUGCAUCGCAUGUCACUACAAAACUAACAUUCCCUUUUCUGCUGGAACUGGGUGACAGCAAGGUAACGAUUUCCCGAGGCUGUCGACACAGGUCCAUGCAUCCGAAUGCGCUGUGAAGGAUGCCUCCCUGAAGUACUUCACUGCCCUCUGCUGCUCAGAUGCCCUUUCCCGGUGCUCUUCCCACCGCCGGAUCUGCCAGCUACUCGUCGGGGGACUCCCUUGACCUGCACUGAACUUCACUGUCCACUCACACCAACGUAAAAUGUACUUUUAGAGCUGGUGGGACCUUUUAAUGAGGAUGUCAUUCCCAAACCUGCGACAGUUAUUUUUGAGACACAUUCCUACAAGACUUAACACAGUUUCCACAGCUGAAUUUUCCAGUGGUUAAACUGCUUUUAAAGUCACAGAGGUCAUGUGGUACCAUGUCAGCUGACACAGCCUAGUGUGGUACAGACUGCUAAUGUCCCUAUGUAUAUGUAUGUAUAUGUCCAUCUGUGCCCAGCGGUGGUAUAGACCACCAUUCUAAUCACACAUUUGCAUGGGGCCCUUUAGGUUUGGGGCCCCUUUGUUGGACACAAACAGUCACUAUACGGGGGGGGGGGGGGGGGGGUGGCUCCAGAAACAGCAAACCCUCCGCUCUGUACGUACAGGAUGAGGUCAUUGCUGGGCAGAGGUCUAUCAAUUUCAUUUGGCCUCAGCGCUGACAGGAUCUGAACCCCUGUGUUGUUUUGGUUUACUGUGCUUAUUGGUAGACCUUAGGGAUGAAUUGAGUAAAAACUCACUGUGAUUUCUCUCCCCUACCACUCCAUUAAGAAGGCAUAAACCUCUAAUAGAGGUUUCUAGAACAAAAGUAGCUUGAAUCAGCAUACUAUGGGUUGUCAGAAAAGGGUGUAAUUUCCAUUUACAAGAGAUUUCAUAAAUAUUUGAAGAGUUUAAUGUCUCACUGUCUCAGAAUUAUUUAACGAAAAGUACUGUUAUGCUGGCGUGUGAAAUUAGAGAAUGAUUACCUUGCCACUGAUAAGAAAUUUUCUGUAAUUAAAGAAGUCUAGAUAUAGAAAUCA